AGGCGGCGCGCGUUGCGGGAGCGUCGUCUAUUGGCAGAGAGUGCUGGGAUCGGAGGAAGGGAAGGAAAAGGGAGCCGGAGUAUGAAAGGAGGAGCUGGUUUCGGGAAGGGCAAGCGCCCGCCGGACGGGAUUCGCUUCACAGCCUGGUACCGAGACCUGGUCGACGCGCUGAACCGGCGCGACCUCCUGCCGGCCAUCGUCUUCAUUUUUUCCCGCGCAGGUUGUGACAGGGCAGCAGCGGAGGUUGGUGGCAUUGCUUCCAAAUUGGGGCUUCUGUCCCACGCGGAAAAGAAGCAAAUCAAAGACAGGCUGAGUGCCUUUCGGCUGGCGAAUCCGCAGGUGCCCUUGGAGAAGGAAAAGGUUCGGCUCCUCCUCUGCGGCCUGGCCACCCACCACGCCGGCCUCCUGCCUGUGUAUAAGGCUCUGGUGGAGGAGCUCUUCAAUGAAAAUCUGAUUCGGGUGGUGUUCGCGACCGAGACGUUGGCAGCCGGCGUGAACAUGCCAGCGCGGGCCACGGUUAUCUCCACACUCAGCAAGAAGAUCGGCAAAGUGACCAUAAAUUUACAGCCUUCCCAGCUCCUGCAAAUGGCCGGUCGGGCGGGAAGACGAGGCAAAGACACCAUGGGCCACGUGGUCCUGAUGCGCUCUCGCUCCGAAGACGCCUUGGACGCCUUCAACCUCCUUUGUGCUCCUGUGGAUUCCAUCCGCUCCCAUUUCCGAUCCUCCUACGCGAUGGUGGUCAACAUCCUUCGCACCCGCGAUUUGGAAAGCUGCAAGCUCCUCGUAGAACGUUCCUUUGGGAAUUAUUUGAAGGCGUACUCUUUGGGGGAAGAGCAGGAAGUAGAUAUAGCGAACAGAGAUGAAUUGAAAGGCCGCUUGGGAGGGGUGGACGCAGGGGAGCUUCGCAUGUACGAAGAUUUGCAGGAGAAGCUGAUGAAGGCGACGCGCGCGGAACGGAACUUGAAAAGGGAAGCCGCGAAGCUGGAAGAGAAGUAUGUCAAAGCUGUUUUAGGAGCGGUCCGUCUUGGCGCCGGGCUUCUUCUCCGGGACGGGCGUACCCUGGCCCUUAUCGGAGAGGCCACUCUACCCCACCCUCUCACCAACACACAGCUCAAUCUCUACGUGGGGUUGAGUCAGAACGGGAAGCUGGAGGAAGCGGGGGAGGGGCCGGGGGAGGAAGCGGGACCUUGA